AUGCCGUUUCCAUUCGUGCUGCCGACCACGUCCGCCUUCUCCUUCUCAUCCUGCUUCAGCUGCGACUCUCACCCGUCUCUGCCCAUCAAUGCCAGCACCCAGCGCGGCGUCGCGAGAGAUACCCUCAAAAAGCACAAGCGGCUUCCGCCUGCCUCGCGGACGGCAAGUCUCGCCACUGUGAUUUCAAGCCUGGGUGAAUACAUACCCUAUCUCCUCGCUGUCGACGCUGGCGUCAGCUCCCACAGCCUGGUGGGAGGAGAGAGCAUCAAUGUCGUCUUGAAGAUGGCUCCCUCGAUCCAAUGGAGGCCAACGCUAUCAAGCGAAAUGGUUCCAGGACGCGAGAGGCCCCGAGUUGCGAUAGGCUCGCUAGAAUAUGAAAUAUUCUUCGUCUUGUCAACCUUGGCCUUCGCCUACGUCUCCACGGCCAGGUCUAUACUGCAGCCGCUGUACACCACCACUGGAGAGUUUGUCGGCGCCAAGGAGAGAACAACGGCGAUCCAGACUGCAAACAAGCACCUCCUCGACGCUGCGUCUAUAUACGAGUAUCUCGCUGGCCGGAGUGAGCAGAUCUCGAGCGCUCCCCCCUGCUUCGACGUUGCUCCCACCACGGCUCGGACCCUGGCGUCCCUGGCUCUGGCAGAGGCGACUCUCUUGGCAGUCACCAAAGAUGACCCAUAUCCGACGGCCGUCGCCCAAGACCGGAACAAGGGCGACAAAGAAUGGAUGUUCAAGGCGCCCGACAUCCCCAAGACAAAGGCUCAUCUCAACGCGCGGCUGUGUCUGGCCGCCUCGGACCACGCGGCCAAGGCAGCGUCGCUAUGUCAGCCGGCAGGAUCCGGAAUCAACAAGGGCAACCCAAGCUUUUUAAAGUACAUGGAUGAUCUAAGUCGCACCAGCCGGGCCAAAGCAUGCAGGUUCUUUGGGAUCCAUGCCGAGGUGGACGGCCAUGUUGCGGAAGCCGUUGGCUGGCUCCGCGCAGGCUUACAGGCCCUCGGGUUAGAGGCCAAAGAAAGGGAUUCGAAGAAGGGGCUGAGCUUCGGCCGGCUCAGAAAGGAUCUGGCAGAGAAAAGAGAAGAUCGGCGGAUCGAAAAAGAGACGGCGUGGGGCGUAGAUGCGGGCAGGCUGGAGGAGACGAGGGUUCUCGACAUGCUAUAUGCCAAGUGGAACAAGAUCAACGACACGAUGAAUACGCAACUGGUUCCGCCAGCCAAUUCUCUGUUGGCCAAAAUGCCCUCGGGCCGAGAGAUUUACACGGUCCAGCCCUACAAGCCGCCUAUGCUCGACCGAGAGGUCCUCGAAGCCAUGCGCUCCCCGCCGGACGGAGAUGAUGACCUGGGAGACGAGAUGAGCUCUGAAGAUGAAGCGAGGGGGGGCCAUCCGACACCUGUCGGUGCCUACCCUGGAGCCACAGACCAUAGCGCCGAGCAGACGCCGAGCGGGAGCACUUAUUACUAG